UUUCCGCUUUGACCGGACUGCUCGAAUGGACCUGUUCCAUCCGCCAUUUCCCGACUCCAUGGUUUCUUCUAAAGAGGAGUGCAUUACUAACUGCCGAAUUCAUGUAAAAUAGGAGUGGACUUUUUUCGUUUGCUUAACAGCAGUGGGUUGGGAGGGAGUACGGAGGGGCGCAAUCGAAGCCCGCCCUUCUCGGCGUCUUAAAACCUAGUUUCCAUUUCCUCUCCCCAUCCUACAGUUUCUGAAGCGAUCAACGGAGCAGGUAGAAUGGAUUCAAAUAGCCAUGAAGAAAUCACAGAAGAAUCUGACUACAAAAUCGAAUCCAACUCGGCUCCUGUUAUUCCAAGACUAAAGGAGUAUCGCAUUCAAAUCCCUUCUUUUCGUGAACGAUUAUUAGAGCAUCAGAGAAGCAUGAGGAAAAGAAGGUUUUUUGAUUUUCUGAAAGCUCGGCCUUCUUUGGCAUGGAUUAAGAACAUUCGAUUCUCAUCCCCACUUGCAGUCUUUCGUCGAGCAGCUAACCGCAGAGAGGCAAUCUCCCUUGGAGUCCCCUCUCCGGCCGGCGUCCGCCGUCGUUUUCACAUCCACUUCAUCAGAAAAAUUAAUUUCUCUUCGCUACUAACCAUAUCCAAGGAAUGGCUUUCUCAUCCCAUGAAUGCUGCUCUCCUCCUCUGGUUGAUCUGUGUGGCUGCCUCCGGUGCCAUGCUUGGUCUGCUCAUGCUUGGUCUUCUCAACGAAGCCUUUCCACAGAAGGCUCUACGAAAUCGUUGGAUUGAAAUCAACAACCAAAUCCUCAACGCACUGUUCACUCUCAUGAGCAUAUACCAGCACCCUGUUGUGUUCCAUCACUUGUACAUACUUUGUAGAUGGAGAUCAGAAGACAUAAUUGAGCUCAGAAAGAUAUACUGCAAGAAUGGAGCUCACCGCCCCAACGAAUGGGCGCACAUGAUGGUUGUCAUCAUCCUCCUCCACAUAACUUGCAUAGCUCAGUAUGCUCUUUGUGCUGUCUAUUGGAGCUUCACUAAAUCUAACAGGCCUGAAGUCCUUGAAAACCUAUUAAUUGCUUUGGGUGUCGCUACACCUGUUUUUGCAGGGGUUUAUGCCAUUUACAGCCCUCUUGGAAGGGAGUAUGAAUACAAUUUUGAUGAAGAAUUGCAGAGAUCCAUGAAGGUUGGGCUAAAGCUUAGUAAUGGACAACGAGUCCUCGUGAGCGAACCGGAAUGGAUUGGAGGGCUAUUUGAUUGCUUCAGUGAUGUGCCAGUGGCAUAUCUUUCAUGUUGCUGCACUUUCUGUGUGUUCGGAUGGAAUAUGGAGAGGCUUGGAUUUGGAAACAUGUAUGUCCACAUUGUCACAUUUCUUCUGCUAUGCCUUGCUCCCUUUUGGAUAUUCAACAUUUCAGCUAUGAAGAUUCAUGACAAUGUUAUUGGGGAUGCGCUGGGGAUUUCAGGGAUAGUUUUGUGUGUAUUUGGAUUGAUUUAUGGGGGUUUUUGGAGAAUUCAGAUGAGGAAGAGAUUUAAGCUACCAGAAAGCAGAUUCUGCUGUGGAUCGGCGUCUUUAAGUGAUUACAUGAAGUGGAUGUUCUGUUGGAGCUGUGCUUUGGCUCAGGAAGUGCGCACAGGGAACUUCUAUGAUGUAGAAGAUGAUAGUCUUUUUAGAAGGCCAAGUGAUGAUGAAAAGCAGCCAUUUUUGAAUAGUUUUAUGAGUGAAAGUGGAUCGAGUUCAGCGGUUUCCAUCUCUUGUGAAGCUAAUUUGGAGAAUCCAAAUGUGGUAAAGGCGGAAGAGAUUAACACAAGCUUGGUAGAUCCUAAUGCAGGGAAUGAAGCAAUUCAUUCUUUGGUGAAGGUUGAAAGUUUGAAUCAAGAGGAGAGUUUGGUUGUUAGUACUGUUGAUAUGAUGGCUCCACCUGUGCAGCCAUUGAUGAAGGUGGAAGAUGAAGGUGAGGAGGAAUCCACAUCACUAGUUGUUAGGGAUGGAGCAGAUGAGCCGGUUAUGCCAUUGGUGAAUGUGGAAGAUGGGAUGACUAAUGUAGAGAAGGGUUCGUUUGUGAGAAUGAUGGAAUUUGGGUUCCUAUUUGUUGUAGUUAUAAUGUAUACGAUGGGUUCUAUCAUUAUUCAUUAGACAGCUGAUUGUUUUCAUUUGAUUAUAUGAAACAGACACUGUAAAAUCUUUUUUUUUUUU